GCUAAAAGAUAAGUUCAGGGACAUGUUGAGUUUUCUAGAUAUUUUUUUCGAUGGGUGACCUCAUUGGCAUGUGAAAUUGUUUCACGGGUUUUCUCCAUGAUUGGUCUAGGUUUUCCAUGCCACGGUGGCACAGAAAGGAACUAUGACCUUCUCCUCUCUCUUGUCGUCUCAAUGCAACUUUCUGGCAGCUUUCCUCCAGCUGCUACCAUUGGCUGUGUCCUUUGCAGACCUUCUGCCAGUCCCUAUACUCUCCGCAGACCCCAGACAUGAUGUCUAUUAUGAAGGGGAACGUGUCACUAUGACAUGCUCUGCCCCAACAAUGAGGAAAAUAGGUGGAUUUCGUUUCUUCAAUCAAACUGGGGAGCAAAUUGACCUGCAAACACCUUACUCCCUCGCAACUGCCUGGCUCCACCUUACAGCUACAAAAGCAUCUUCUGGGGAGUACACGUGCAUGUACUUUCUGAAGGAGUCCGGACAAGAAAUUCCUUCCAACAGGAGCCUUCCUCUUUCACUUAAGGUUCAGGCUGCUCCCACGGCCCCAACUUUAUCCCUGGAUCCUCAGCAGCAGGUCUAUAGACCUGGGAACCACGUCAACCUAGUCUGCUCCUUCCCCUCAUCUUCAGAUGACGUUAAACAAGUCCAGUACUAUGCAGACACUGGAUUUGCAGUCUCCGUCCGAGUAUCGAACGUGAAGAACCACAGCUUCAACCUCAGGAUCACAGGAGACAUGGUCUCUGGGUCUUACAGUUGUGCCUAUUUUGUAAAUAAGGCUACAUGUCCCAUUCGCUCAGAAUUGAGCCCCAGUGUCAUUGUCUAUGUAAAAAGUGAGUUUUCAAACCCUUCCUCACUAGAGCAUCUAGUAACUACUGACCCAUCAUUAGUUAAUUCAUUACCCGUUUGCUUGCCUAUGAACUCAUCCAUGAGUCUCAUCUCUAUCCCUUCCUGUCCUGUGAGCAUUCGACUCUCUGCCUCAGACUCUCUAUCCAUCAUUAUAUGA